AGGACGGCGGCUGGGCGAGCUUCCUGGCGGCCUCUCGCGGGAGAGCUGCGGGCAGCCGCGCCAGCGCGGGCGCGACCUGCUUCGAGAAGAGAGCCGAGAAAGCCGAUGUCGUCGAGCUGGACAAGAAGGAGAAGGGGGCGGAGAGCCACGUGGAGGCCGCCAAGGCCGCUGCGGAGAAGGCGGAGCAGGCGGCGACGCAGGCGGAGAAGGCCGCGGACGACGCGGAGGAGGCGGAGGUCCUGGUGCUCAGCGCGAACGUGCUGGCGUCGUCGCUGCUCCUCGGCAUCGGCAUUCUGAACUACCGGCAGUACAAGCGGUGGCUCGGCUACAAGCAGGAGCUCGCCCACUGCUGGAGGGCGGCCAGCGGCGGCCACGGCGGAGCCGCGCGCGCCGCCCGGCC